GCGGGGCGGGGUAGAUUCCUAAUGAGGCGUGCGGUGGUGCUGUCAAUAGGCGGCUGUUUCGUUCUAUAGUUUAGUUUGGGUUUUGCGCGAAAGCGAGGGAGCAAGUGAAACGUCUCCCCGGUAUUCUUUUUCCCCCCUCGGGUCCUUGCAAUACGAGCUAUGGAAUCUCACCGCUGGCUGCCCCUGGAGGCGAACCCCGAUGUCACAAACCAGUUUCUCAGACAGCUAGGGAUACAUCCCAGCUGGCAAUUUGUAGAUGUGUACGGUAUGGAUCCAGAACUUCUUAGCAUGGUGCCAAGACCUGUUUGUGCUGUCCUUCUCCUCUUUCCAGUAACAGAAAAGUACGAAACAUUCCGAACAGAAGAGGAAGCAAAAAUAAAAGCUCAGGGACAAGAAGUGAAACCAUCAGUAUAUUUCAUGAAGCAAACCAUCAGCAAUGCCUGUGGAACUAUUGGGCUUAUUCAUGCUAUUGCAAACAACAGGGACAAAAUUAACUUUGAAGUGGACUCCUCACUGAAGAAGUUCUUAGAUGACUCUGUGCCCAUGACUCCUGAAGAGAGAGCCAAAUAUCUGGAAACCUACGAAGCUAUCCGUGUUACACAUGAAUCUAGUGCCCAUGAAGGUCAGACUGAGUCGUCGUCAUCCUCGCUGCCCUCACCAUCCUCUUCAUCACAACCUCAGUUUAGCCACUGCAAAAUGAAGGCCUCGCCCUUGCGUCGCUCCGCAUCCUUGACACUGAUCAGAUGUAAUCAUGUAGCCUCUGCAAAAACUACAAGCACUGUAAAGGCUACAAGUCCACCUGUCUGCCUUCAGCGUUGGCGGCCCACAAUACCCCUAUCAUCUAUAGGGCUCCAUUCUUUUGCACCAAGUAUAGAUGAAAAAGUAGAUCUUCACUUCAUCGCAUUAGUAAACGUUGGUGGCAAUCUCUUCGAGUUGGAUGGACGGAAGCCUUUUCCAAUAAACCAUGGACAAUCAAGUAAUGACACUUUUUUAGAGGAUGCAGUAGAAGUAUGCAAGAAAUUCAUGGAACGUGAUCCAGAUGAAUUAAGGUUCAAUGCAAUUGCGCUAGUAGCAGCCUAAAUUAUUCUUGCAUGAGGAUGAAAACUGUUUAAUGUAUUGUAACAAAAUAAUGCUUUUACCAUAAAGCAGUGAUGACUCAAUUUUUGAUACCUCCCAAAUAACGUUGACGUGGAUUAAACUUCAGAUCUGUCCUUUA